UAUUUUCAUGACUUAUGAAAACACGUCUUAUUACAUUGUAUACAUCACGAUCUACAUUCACAAAAACUUUAAAAAUGGCUGCUAAGUUGAUCGUGUUCGUCGCCUUGUUCGGGCACCUGGCCAUAGCCUUUCCACCUGCGAUCCUCGAGCACAGCGGUUACGAGCACCACGACGACGACCACUACGCACACGCACCCACUCCGUAUCACUUCGAAUACGCCGUGAAAGACCCGCACACCCACGACGUCAAGAGUCAUCACGAGUCCAACGACGGUCACGGCAACGUCAAAGGCUCGUACAGUCUUCUGGAAGCCGACGGUUCUACCAGGGUGGUCGAGUACACCGCCGACGCCAAACACGGUUUCAACGCCGAGGUGAAGAAAAUCGAAGCGCCGGCUCACUACCAUCACAAAGCGCCGUACACCACCAGCCACGAGUCCAUCUAUCACCCAUACAAACCGUCGUCGCACUUUCACUCGUACAACACCAAAGUCACAAUCGUCAGUUUACUUGGAAACACAAGUCUCCUGCAGUGUUCAUUCAAAACCGAGUCUUUAUCCAAAACAAACGAAAAAAUGGCAACUAAGUUGAUCGUGUUCAUCGCCUUGUUCGGGCAUCUGGCCAUAGCCUUUCCACCUGCGAUCCUCGAGCACAGCGGUUACGAGCACCACGACGACGACCACUACGCACACGCACCCACUCCGUAUCACUUCGAAUACGCCGUGAAAGACCCGCACACCCAUGAUGUCAAGAGUCAUCACGAGUCCAACGACGGUCACGGCAACGUCAAAGGCGCGUACAGCCUUCUGGAAGCCGACGGUUCUACCAGGGUGGUCGAGUACACCGCCGACGCCAAACACGGUUUCAACGCCGAGGUGAAGAAAAUCGAAGCGCCGGCUCACUACCAUUACGAAGCGCCGUACACCACCAACCACGAGCCCAUCCAUCAUCCAUACAAAUCGUCCUCGCCAUACCAUUACUGAUGAUGCGACUGCCCAGGCACCGACUGCUGCCCACCAUCAUCUGGCAAUCGUGUCGACAUCGUUUCAUGUAUAAUAUACUUUCAUAACGACAUUUCUGUAAAAUAUACUUUUAAUAAACCGUUGUUCAGCACUCUAUAAUAAUGUUGUAUCGUAUUAUGAUAUCGUCGACAAAUGCAUUAAAUCCAUACUAUCGUGUUUUCCGUUAUAUGUCAUUGUGCGGAUUACAUUUUAUAUUAUUUUAUUUUACUUUGAAUAAAUCCUCAGUGUUUUGGACAGUGAUUGAUGCCUGUACAGAUCCACUGGUCUUAAAAUAUCAUUCA